CAGGCUGUAAUAAAAUCCGACAAAAACGGCUAAAGAUUAUACUGCUAAGGGCUGUGUCUAUUGUCCCCGCGGCCACAGAUAAUAAACGAAAAUUUCCCAGGAAGACUGUGGUUUUCGACUUUCACUUCUCCUUUUAGCAAAGGCGCCCUGGAGUUUUUAUCGAGAUGUGACAACCACUCAGUUAGCACGCUGAUUCCAAUACAGCAAAUUGGAAUUACUCGGCAAUGGUAUCAGAGCAGAUUACCUGUAAAACAGAGCCAGUCGCCUCUUCUCGGCUGUAACGAAACUAAAGAGUUUCACUUUUUCAAUUUUCCUUGAAUUUCAGUGUGGAAGAAUUCGAAAGAUUUCCAGUUUUUGCGUUCUUUGUUUUGACUAAUUUUAAUAGAUCAUUCGAUCACUUCCGGUUUUUCUUCUUCCUCGACUGUCGAACUGUAAUCCAACGAGAAUGAAGAAAAAGGUGUUGUUAAUGGGCAAAUCUGGAUCUGGCAAGACCAGCAUGCGUUCCAUUAUAUUUGCCAAUUAUAUUGCUCGCGACACACGCCGACUCGGAGCAACAAUUGACGUGGAACAUUCCCAUGUGCGAUUCUUGGGGAAUUUGGUGCUGAAUUUGUGGGAUUGUGGUGGACAGGAGGCUUUUAUGGAGAAUUACUUCGCUAGUCAGCGUGACACCAUUUUUCGCAAUGUGGAAGUGCUCAUUUACGUAUUUGACGUGGAAAGCCGUGAACUAGACAAGGAUAUGCAUUAUUAUCAAUCGUGCUUGGAAGCCAUUCUGCAAAACUCACCGGAAGCCAAAGUAUUCUGCCUAAUUCACAAAAUGGAUUUGGUCCAGGAAGACCAGCGCGAUCGAGUUUUUAAGGAUCGUGAAGACAAUUUGACCAAACUGAGCAAACCACUGAAGUGCGUUUGUUUUCGCACGAGUAUUUGGGAUGAGACAUUGUACAAAGCAUGGUCCAGUAUUGUGUAUCAGCUAGUGCCAAACGUAGACAUUUUGGAGCGGAAUUUGCUACAGUUUGCUGAAAUUAUCGAAGCCGAUGAAGUUUUGCUUUUUGAACGGGCUACAUUCCUGGUCAUAUCCCAUUGUCAGAGAAAACCUCACCGUGAUGUGCAUCGCUUUGAGAAAGUCAGCAAUAUCAUCAAACAGUUCAAACUCAGCUGCACGAAACUUGCGGCUCAGUUUCAGAGCAUGGAAGUGCGCAAUGCGAAUUUCGCAGCAUACAUGGAUGUGUUCACUCCGAAUACUUAUGUGAUGGUAGUGUGCAGCGAUUCAACUAUUCCCUCUGCUGCUAUGCUGAUAAAUAUACGAAAUGCGCGGAAGCAUUUCGAGAAGCUUGAACAUCUGGAUCAAGCACGCGCCACUUCUGCGAUUUCCAUGGGACGCUAAACCAGUUUCCACGGCCAAAAGUUUAUUUGCUGAAAUAACAUGAUUUACACAAUUUAUUAGAAGUACUGUUUUUUUAUUAUUUCUUUGGGCUUGCUGUGUAAGUAAUUUUAAGUCACGAGGAGUGUAUUCAGUGGUUCACCAGUUGUUUUUAACCCAUCUGUGCAAUUCUUUCGCAGGAAUGUGAUCUUAUUAAUUUUUUUGUUGGAACGAUUCAGUUCAUUAAACCGAAAACUCUAAACCAA